GAUGCGGAACUAUUUGCCUUCGAGUACUUUUGGCAAUAGAUUUCAAAAAAUAAAUGUGUAUGAAUUUGAAUGUAGCUUUCAUUUUACAUUAUGUUAAGUGUAGAUUCAAUACAAGUCGCCGAGGAGGAGGUGGUUGAAUCUAGCUCCAACCGUUUGGAGGAUAUUUAUACAUUUGUUGCACAGGGAUGCUACCCACAAUCUAUGAACCCAAUCAGAAAGAAAAAUCUUAAACGCUACGCCCAGAAGUUCAUCAUUGACGAUGGGCGGUUGUAUUAUGUUGGGCCAAAAAAGGAUGAGAAGCGAGAAGUGGUGAUUGAAGCAGAACGAAAGCGUCAAAUAUUUUUAGACUGUCAUUUUAAUGACAUUGGGCACCAUCUCGGCCAAAAGAAGACUGUGCACAGGAUCCAGAGCAAAUAUUAUUGGCUAGGGAUUGUCAAAGACGUGGUUGAUUGGAUUAAAGACUGUGAGACCUGCCAGCACACAGAGAGGAAUAAAAACAUGACCAGAAUAAUUCGACCAAUAAAGGUGGAUGGUCCAUGGGAAGUUAUUGCUGUUGAAAUAUUGGGUCCAUAUCCUGAGACAGUGCCAACAGGGAACACACAUGUGGUUGUAAUCACUGAUUACUUCAGCAAAUGGGUGGAGGGAUUCCCAGUGCAGCGGAAAGAUUCCAUCUCUGUUGCGCGGUGCAUAUCUACCUCUGUCUACAGGUUCGGCUCGCUGAAGACGGUUUACGUCUGCCAAACAGAAGACUUUUGUGAGGAGGUCUCAAAGCACCUCAGCGAGAGAUGGAGCAUAGUUCAGAAGGUGUCCUCUCCCGACCAGCCUCAAAUGAAUGCCCUGUGUGGCCAGAACAGUGGCCUCCUGAGGACUGCCAUCAAGGACGUAGUAGCAGACAAGCAGCUGGCCUGGGACGAUUUCAUCGACCCAGUGCUGUCCUUGUUUCGAACGUCAACAAACCCCACCACCAAAUUCACACCAUAUUGCCUCAUGUUUAAUCGGAAAGCAAGUAUGCCUAAAGAUGUAAAGCUGGACUUGCUUGCUCAGGAUGGUGAGGAGGCGUACCCUUUUACUGAGGAGGGAAUCAUGAGCUUUAUGACGGCCAUGCAGGAACAACACAACGCCAUCAGACAACUGGUUUUAGGCAACAUGAAUGCUGCUUACAAACAGGAAAAGAAGAAUGCCAAGCGAAAAAUGAGGAGCAUUACGUACGACGUCACAGAACCUCUUUUUGGUAACCAGGAGCCGGCGCCCUGUAAGAGACUCAAAGACAUGUUCCUCCUUCUCCCAGUGGAGACAGUUCUGACCACAGGGCAAAACGCUGGUGACGACAAGAAAAGUGACUUGAAAUAUUCACUCCCUGAUGCUGAAGUACAGUGAAAAGGGACAUUCUGGACACUGUUGGAGGCUGUGGUGAUGACUCGUGAGAGAAUACUUUCAGUGACUGUUUUUUCUCAAAAUGGACCUCUGAGUAGAAAGGCAAAGUUGGAGCCAACUUGAGCUUAAAAAGGAAGCUAUAAAAUGUCUCCUACUUUGCAGAGGAUGACAGACCAGCUGGAUAAAGGAAAAGUUGGGCCUUACAUUCCCCAAUGCCUUUUCUCUUUAUUCUGUGCAACUGAUAUUGACACUUUCUUAAGAAGACACUUGUCGUUUUUACGGCUAAAGAGGAACAUUUGUUUGGCCUUGACACUUUAUGUUAAGGGGUUACUGUUACAGUACCUUUUGUAGCCUCUUAUUGCAGAUGGGGUUAAGUACAAUAGAUUAACUGGUGUAAUAACAUGUAAUAACAUCCACUCCAGCGUGAGGGUGCCUUGGGCCUUAGUCCAGCUAUUUGUCAGUGGUGCUUUGGCAGGGGCGGAGCAGGGGGCCCCCCAGUGACCAUGCUGACUCGGCGGCCCUCUGCUCAGGAUGCAGGAGACAAGGAAAGGGACCAGCAACACUGCCCCCCAACCCCCCUCCCUCCUCAAGUCCAACCUGACCACCCCUCCCAGCAGUCCUGGCCUGUCUGAGAGAUGGCCCCCUGUCACUGGAAGCCUCACAAGUAUUCCAAAUGUGCCCUAACCGACGGGCUGUGUCGACUAUGUCCAACAUCGCUCUCCCCUGCAAGAGAGACUGAUAGGUGGGCGAGCCGGUCCGAUUGCUCUCUGAUGCUGUCACCAGGGGGGGGGGCCCUGCCAGUGGCUUUCGAUUGCCAAACAUCUUAAACACUUAGUGGUUUCUUUUGCCUUAAGACAUGUAAAAGUUUUUUAUCUUUUACCUGACAUGUUUCGACGGUGUUACUUCCGUCUUCAUCAGAGGGUCACUGUGAUGUUGAUGAGUGACAUGCUUUAAAAACAGCUGAUGUUGUUGUGGAGGUGUGACCUCCCUGCCAAUAAUGACAGGUAGGUCACACCUCCUGCUGUUAGAGUUGUCCUCUUAGGAUGUUGGUCCAGGUGUGUGAGAGCAUGUAUGCCCCCUCAUCCCUGUUCAUGGUACUUGGGCUACGCUUUCUGAUCUCCAUAGACUCCUUAAUCCAGCGGUGGUAUCUGUUGUUCUCUUGCUUCUCUUGUUCAGUCAUACAACAAGUCAUAUAUUGGGGAGACAGGGAGGACAUUCAACAUAAGAAAAAAUGAACAUAAGAAAGAGUGUGAAAAGGAAACAGAACAAAGACAUACAAGAGCAAUAAAGGAGAGAGCCACACUGGAGAACCUCAAAUCAGCAAUAACUGACCACUGUAGGAGGGAAAAUCACAUCAUGGACUGGGACAAGGCAAAAGUCAUACAGCAAGAGAACAACAGAUAC